AGUCCGGAGCAGUGUUUUGCUUGUGCGACGUCCGUCUGAGUUGUCGAGGAAAGAAGAAGGUUUAUUUUUUCAAGAGCGCAGGCACACACAGAGAAUAUUCAGCUCGGACUGGAGUGAGUCAGCCAUGUUAACCUAAUGCCCAACAACUAUUAUGUGCAUCGGCCGAGAUAAGUCCAGAGUGCGCGUGUGAAUUUGCGUUAGCCGAGCAGCAGCGAGGACAGCAAGUCUCAGUGGUGCAGUGACCAAAAUUUGCAGCCGCCCGAAAAAUGGAUACCGACAACUUGAGCUGGGGCACCGAGCUGUGGGAUCAGCAUGAAAAUCUCGCGCUGCAUACACACAAGGGGAUCGAGUUCCUCGAGAAGUACGGCAACUUUGUGCGAGACCGAUGUGCCAUCGAGACGGAGUACGCCUCGAAGCUCAGGAGGCUCGUCAAAAACUAUCAGCCCAAGAAGAAGGACGAGGAGGACUACCAGUACAGUGCAUGCCAGGCGUUCAAGACGAUGAUGAACGAAGUGGGCGACCUUGCGGGCCAACACGAGCUCGUAGCCGAGGACCUGACGAGCACCGUCUUGCAGGAGCUCCAACUGCUGGUGCGCAACCUCAAGGAUGACCGCAAAAAGCACAUGGCAGAAGAAACCAGACUGCGUUCGACGCUGCAGACGCAGUUGGCCGCUUUGGACAGAACCAAGAAAGCAUACGAGAAAGCAUUCAAAGAAACGGAAAAGGCGCUGGACGAGUACCAAAAAGCCGACGCCGAUCUCAACCUCUCGAGGGCGGUCGUUGAAAAGGCCAGGAUCAACAUGGUGGCUAAAAACCAGCAGUGCGAAGAGGCCAAGAAGGACUAUGCGAAUCAGCUUGAGAAGACCAAUGAGCUCCAGCACCAACACUAUUCGGCGCUGAUUCCUGAGGUGCUCAGACAACUGCAAGAAUUAGACGAGAGAAGGGUGCGAUCCAUCAAAGGGUUCAUGAUCAAGUCGGUCGAAGUCGAGAAGAAGACUUUCCCCAUCAUGGACAAGUGUUUGGAAGGCAUUGUCAGAGCUGCAAACAAUAUCAAUGAAAAAGAGGAUACUCGGCUAGUGAUAGAGAGGUACAAGUCUGGUUUCAACCCACCCGAAGAUUUCAUGUUCGAAGACCUGCAGCGAGGUUCGGACGAGCAUAGUGGCUCAAUGAUUUCCAACCACAGCAACUCGCUGCCAUCCAUGUCCAGAGUUGACACAAUCAAAGGCACCAUCUCCGCAGGCAAAAACAAAAAACGCGCCGGCCUGUUCACUAGCCUCUUUGGCAACAACAAGAGAUUAAUUCAUGUUUGCACUCAUUUCAAGUCAAAUUACUCUAAUUCGGAAACAAAGGAAGAUUACACGGACUUGCCACCAGUGCAGAGAAGAAAAAAGCUGCAGCUGAAGCUGGAUGAAAUUGCACUACAAAUCAACAAAGAAACACAAACACGAGAUGGUCUGAUGAAGAUGAAGAGCGUUUACGAGGCCAACUCAGCCCUUGGAGACCCAAUGUCGAUUGAAGGCCAACUGAACGACUCGGGGCACCGAUUGGACAAACUGCGACAAGAGCAGCAAAAGUUCCUUGCCUGGCUCGACGAGGCUGAAGGAAAAAGCCAUUUGAAUAAUCCUGUGUCAUCCACAACGUCGUCGCCAAGCAGUCAAAGGUCCAACAGCAUGCACAGAAACUUGCUGAACGGAAGCUCGAACGGCAAACAAAGGCAUAGCUCCUCAGACGAGAGUGUCAGUCCGAGUGCCAGUUCGGACGGCAGCAGGCACAAACAGCCUCCAAACACCCUAGCCUUAGGGACUUCCCACAGUCCGGAGAGUGGUCUCGGCUCUCGCACUAGUUUACCAGACUCGGAAAGAGGAGACGACCUGGCCGGCGCAGAAUGCAUAGAUGACGAUGGAGACUUUGCUGACGGACCACUGACGCCCCUGGGCACAUGCAAAGCCUUAUACGCCUUUGAAGCCUCAAGUGAAGGUUCCAUUCCAAUGUACGAUGGGGAGGAACUUCUGCUUCUGGAGGUUGACCAAGGAGACGGUUGGACUCGGGUGCGUCGCAUGAAUGACCUGGAGGAAGGCUUCGUACCGACCUCGUACAUUGAGUGUUCACUGUACUCAACUUGCUAACACGGUAUAAUGUCAGUUGAGAGUUGAUGAUGCUUCUUGUUCACAAAAACACUCACCACCGUUUUUUGCAUUCGUUGAUGUUUUUCAAGUUGAAAAUAGCGGUUGUGUUGACAGUGAACCGAGUUUUAUUUUUUAUAACGCCGAUUUGAAUUUUUCAUGGUACAUUAUUGUAUUAUUUUGGUGCCGUUGGCGCCGUUUGGGCAGAAGUAGAGAAUCGCUCGGCGGCGUCAGUCGUUUUCAACUGCAAAACUAUGUUAUUAUGAUCUUGGCAAUUGACUAUGUACAUAGCUGUGUAACUAUACUGUAAAGUUUUCUAAAUUUUUAAGUUUCUGCAAAAUGUCGGGGAUGACCGGGUUUUCUUUUGUGAAAUCUGCGCGCUCGUCACGGCCUCUAUAUCUAAAGAAAAGUAAAAGAAAUGAAACAAUAUCAAAAGAUCGGAGUAAAUCUGCCAAGAGAGCUUUUCGAUGUCGCUUCAGCAUCUGCUGUUGUGUAGCUUUUUUAAUGUUUCCGACUCAACCCUGGAUCACUAAUUAAACGAGGAUGUGAUUUUUUUUUAUAAAAUUGAGCGACUUCAGAUGUUAAAAGGACGAGUCACAGUGGCCACCGCAAGUUGGGCCCGUCUCUGCUUAAGUGCGUAAUGUGCAAUAUUUGAAAGGACAAAUUUCGCCAAAGUUAAACACUUGUGCUUUUUAAAGUGUUCACUUUAUCUUACGCGCACUAGGUAGCCACGAGACGAGCCUUCUUUUGGUCAGGUCGAAGGCUUAAUUGACUGCAUUCCUAUGUAAUAAGUUAAAUGAUGUGUGUAUGAUAUAGGGCGUCAAACAUUAUUAAUAGUCAUAGGCAACAAUAAUAAAUUAAUUAGCGCGCGGGAUAAUUAUUGAAUUGCAAAACGUUUCGACAAAAACAGCACUGACACUUGAACGUAGCUUUGGAUCAUUUGGUUCUGAAAUUUGCAGCAAAAGGAACAUGUGCCAAAAUAUUUAUGUUUGAGUAGCAGGGUAAUUUAGUGAAAGUGUUAGAGGUGCACUCGAAAUUUAAUUUGAAACUUUUAACACAAUCUUUUUUGUUUGGAAAAAUCUCUGCUGUUUUUUUGUUGAAUCUGUGAUUUCCGUUUCGUUCAUUAGAUAUCUCACCAGCCGUCCUUUUUGAGAGAAUGCUUUUAAGAAUUAAGAAAAAUCUAAAGAUCGGUCACUCGACAAGCUCAAGGUUUGUAACGCGUAAAAACAAAAUUAUUAUUUAUUUGCUCAUAAAUAUAUAUUCCCAUAUUUUUUUUUUGCCAAGAAAAAACUUGAAACGGAGCCUCGAGUGACCCAAAAUAUUUAUUCGAGGCUUUUUUAGUCUAGUUUUGGACACACGCAAACAGAACUUUAUCUUUCUCACUCACCAACACCAAAAUUAGGAUCGACAGUUUUAACAUUAGUCAAGAUUUAGACGAGAAAAGCACACUCACGUGUAAAAAGAGAGUAAAAUGAGAGGAGUCGCCGUUACUACAGGACCUGGUGCAAUUGUUUAUAAGUUCAGCUUGCGAGGUUCAUUUAUGAUUGAUUUGUGCGUAUGGAGCCAGGAAUAUUUGCUCUCAGUAUGUCUUUUAUUUUUGCUGCAUCAGUUCUCAGAAUGUGCCCAUAUGGUUAUGGUGUACUAUCACAACAAUUAAUUGCUAUUAUUUGUAAAACGGUACCUUUUUGUGUAUAAUUUUCCAGUCCACGAAAUAAAAAUAUAUCAAACAGUAA